AUGAGGAGGCCGACAUCACUGUGUGCAUUGGUGCGCGCGGCGUCCGUGGCACUGGCACUGGCACUGCUCGUCCCGGCAGCGAGUGGCGCCGUUGGCGCUGCUGCGGCAGCGAUGACGGUGACGACGACCCCGUUGCUGCCGCUGCUCGACGUGCCGUUCCACGCGGACGUAACGGGGAUCGGCAGGGGGCACAGGCUGUUCCUGUCCCGCCGGAGCGACUGCAGUGGCGCCUCGGGGGUGACGUCGGUGUGCACCCUUGGGAGCGUAGUGGAGGGCGGCAGCUUCGUGAACGGGACGUGCGUGUUCACGGUGACGAGUGAGGCGCUGGGCGUCGACUUGACAAGCCCUCGUCCCACGGUUCCUGCAGUGCACUGGUGCAGCAGCGCGCACCCCGGCGCGUCGGUGGGCACGCUGCUGCUGAACGUGAUGAUAACGUCACCUCUGUAUUUCUACAGAAUGGAGGACAACGAGCUCACUUUCAGCGACGCAACGCCUCUUGGAAGCGUCAUUGGCUGGUCAGCAACGCCGGAGUGUGGCAGCCCUUUACCAAACCACGAGGAUAAGACGCUGAUCAGCGACCGUGUUGUGUCUCUGAAGUACAGGGGCGCUGUCGUGUACGUGUGCGCCGCCGUCCCCACGGUGUCGGGCACCAUGACGGCCAUGGCACUCCGUACAACCCUGACAGGUGCGCACCGCUACACGAUUAGCCCCACGAGUGGGGUGCGUCAUCGCACCAUCAUCAUCGCUUCUACUCAGCCACUAUCGCAGUACUACCUCUCCAGGAGCGCCCUCUGCAUCGACGCGGAUCCCCCGUUUCAGGAUAAGGUUGGCAGCCUCAAUCCAUUCAUAAUCAUCGCCAAUGCCGGCACCUACUACUUCUGCGCUGCCACUACUCCAGGCAAGAGUGCCGUAUACGUCCCCUCGUCGAACAGCUUCACGGUGGAGGAGUACGACGUGCAGCCGCACACGAUGUACGCGACCCUCGAGACUCCGCUGACCUACGGCCUGGAUGCGACUGGCCGUGAGGAGCAGCUGGAGCUGGCGCUGUCGACGACGGCGGACUGCAUGGGAGGCUCGCUGGCGAUUCCCUGGGGAACAUCGAUGUCGUGGGCGGUGCCCAAGGGGGGCGCGUACUACGCCUGCGUGCGGGACCGCGGUGAGGCGAGCACUGCCGGGUGCGUGGGCGCGAUUGCCGUGACAGACGCGCCGGCGCUGACGUUCUCGCCGUCGCCUGCGGUGCUCGGGCUGCCGGUGUCUGCGACGGUCAGCCACGCGCUCGGCCAGGAGGCGGUGUUCAGCGUGCGCCUGUCGGAGAGCGGGUCGUGCGACUCGGCGGGUGUCACGGGCGAGACGCCGCGUGGCAGCGCGACGGCGACGGUGCGGGUGCCGCUGAGGAUGCCGGAGAGCGUGACGUACUGUGUGUCCAACCCGCUGGGGGACGGUGGCGGCGGCGUUGGCACGCCCGCCGGUGGCGCUGUGUACUACGCUCUGGGCACGCUGCGCACGCGCGCGUACCGCGUGGGCCACGGCGCUCUGCGCACGAGCACGCGGAUGACGAUUGUCCUGGACAGCGAGGUGUCGCUUGCCAGCGGGACGUCCGUGGCGCUCGUGCUGUCGCAUGACGCGAGCGGCGCUUGCCCGGAUGCGAUGGCGGCGGCGGCGGCCGUUGGUGAGGGGAGCGGCAUGAUGACGUUCGCUGUAUCGGGUGCGUCAGCGGCACUGACGCCUGUGGUGUUCGCGUCCUCGGGUGUGUGGCUGGUGUGCGUGUGGGAUGGCGUCAAGAGCGAUGCCGGCUACACUGCGGCUGCAGAGCUGCAGGUGUACAGCAACGUUGCGGCUGUAUCGACGGACAUGGUUCUGACGGGCGUCAGCACGGAGGUGACCGUGUCGCGUCUGCCGCCUGAUGCGCGGGUCACGGUAACGUCGAGCAGCACAUGCAGCUCGCCGAUGAAGUCCAUAGACACCGGCACCGCGAAUGGCAGUGGCGUCGCGGUGCUGAACGUGCAGUCCGCCUCGACAGGGCUGCUGCUGGUGUGCGUGGGGUACCCCACUGCGCGGGAGUGGUCGUCGACGGACACCGGUGUCGAGUACGCCCCUGCUGGAACGGUGCGCAGCGCGGAGGCGCGCGUGUAUCCGAGCAUUGCGUACGUGGGCGAGACGACGACGCUGAGCUUCGCUGGGAUUGGCGGCAUGUCGCUGGCGGGCCACACCGCUGUUCUCCUGCCUGGUGCGGCGUCGUGCGGCGGGCUCAACUCGAGGGUGCCGAGGCUGCGGCUGAGCGGACCGGACGCGACGUCGGCUGUGUCGUACGGGACGGUGGGCGGCGGUGCGCUGGCGCAGGGAGUCGUGUACCGCGUGUGCGUGGGGAAGUCUGUGGGCGACGGGUACAGCGACGCCGGCGUUGUGGCGUCGAUGGAGGUGCCGGCAGUGUCGACGGACCCGCCGGUGCCAGUGCGCGGGCUGCCCGUGCGGCUGCACCUGCCACCGCGCUUCACGAGCACUGCUGCCGUGACGUUUUACGUCGUGGUGGGCGGCGGGGCGACGUGCAGCGGGGACCUGAGCGGGGUCGAUGUGUACGGGAGCGGCUCUGUGGACCGUGUGAGCGGCGCUGCGGCUGCGUUCGUGGCGCCUGCGCGUGCGAGCGGCGUGGACGCUGUGCGCGUGUGCGUUGGCUCGAACGCGAGCCUCGUGUCGGACAGCCUCGGGUACGCGCUUGGCGCGACGCUGCGGCUGGAGCAGUUCCACACCUCGAUGGUGUACCUGCAGCGUGGCGUGCCGAACCUGCUGUCCGGUGCGCCGAUGGCCUCGACGGGGUCGCUGCACGUUGUGGCGUGUGACGGCGCGGAGUGCGGCGCUGACGGCGCUGACGGCGUGUGCCGUGCGAUGAUGGCGCAGGGCGCGACGAGCUCUGCGACGUCUGUGCUGGAUGUGCCGCUGGGACCGUGCCUUCUGUGCCAACGCGUGACGUGGGGUACGGUGACGUCGGUGGUGGGCUCGAACACGACGGUGGAGGUGGUGGAGCCGUUCGGCAUGACCCUCUCCGUAGACCCCUCUGACAUUCGCGCGUACGUGCCGUUUGGCGUGACGAUGUCUGGCGGCCCUGGCGGUGCGUCGGCGGGACGCGCAGACUAUCGCCUCACCGUACAGCCGGCGUCUGUCCCGUGCGCCGAGAGCGCCGCGGAGUCGCAGAGCUUUGUGGUGGGUGGCGGCACGACGGAGCUCACCAUCACGGACAUCGCGCCGGUGCACAGGAUCCACUUCUGCGUCCGACCGUCGCCUGUCGACGCCUUCGAGGUGCUGACUGGUACGCUGCGUUACUACCUGGCCUCCUGCCGCGGUGCUCGUCGACCGUGCCACGACUCUAACCUCCGGCGGAGUGACG